AAGCAUAUCUCUAACCCUAACAUUCUCUUCCCACUACUGCUUUCAUUUGCAAUUUACUCGUUUCUGAACACAGAAAAAAAUGGCUGCCAAACGGUUCCUUGAGCAACCGGAUUCCGACCCGGAUCAACCAAACGACAAACGGAUCCGAACUAGACCCUCUUUUGCUUCUGUGAUUGGCGAAGUGGUUAUGAUAAAGUCCUUGCAGAACUUGUGCUCAGCCCUGGAGCCUCUGCUCAGAAGAGUGGUAACUGAAGAGAUAGACCGUGGACUAAGACAGAAGUUCAGGUGUUUAACAAGAUCACCUUCACUUCUUCUUGAUGCUCCGGCGCCUGAACCUUCAACUCUGCAACUCAUGUUCAGCAAGAAGCUUUCAGUACCAAUCUUUACCGGCAGCAAAAUCGUCGACCAGGACAACAAUCCCCUUCAAAUUAUUCUCGUCGACAAGCGAGGAGACUACAUGAUUCCCACGGCUCCCAUCAAGGUAGAGAUCGUUGUUCUCGACGGCGACUUCCCUCCCGCCGACCGGGAAAACUGGACAACCCAAGAAUUCAAUAACAAUAUCGUGAAAGAGAGAACCGGCAAGCGUCCGUUACUCACCGGAGACCUGAACAUCACCGUCAGAGACGGGAUUGCGGCCGUCGGAGAUAUUGAGUUCACUGAUAACUCCAGCUGGAUUCGGAGCAGGAAGUUCAGGAUUGGAGUCAAGGUUGCUCAUGGCAGCUUUGAGGGUGUUCGGAUUCGGGAAGGCAUGACGGAACCAUUCGUCGUCAAAGAUCACCGUGGAGAAUUGUACAAGAAACAUCACCCACCGAUGUUGGAAGAUGAAGUAUGGCGGCUAGAAAAGAUCGGAAAAGAUGGAGCUUUCCACAAGAAGUUGGCUUCUGAAGGCGUUAACACAGUGCAGGACUUCCUCAAACUAUCCGUCAUUGAUCCUGGAAAACUCAGAGCAAUUUUGGGAGCCGGAAUGUCAGAUAAAAUGUGGGAGGUGACGAUAAAGCAUGGGAGAGAAUGUUUGAUGGGUAACAAAUGUUACAUUCUUCGUGGUCACAAUUACACCGUCAUGCUAAAUCCUAUUUGUCAAUUGAUUUCUGCUGUCAUUAAUGGACAAACCUACAACGGCAGCCGAGAUAUGUCUUCUGUUACCAGGUCUUAUAUUGAGAACUUGGUUAGACAAGCGUACGCUCAAUGGUGGUCUUUGGAAGUUGUUGAUGGUGUUUAUAAUGACAUUCCUCUCCUCACACAAGGUGACAUGGUGGAUCAAUACCCAAAUCAUCACCAUCAUCAUCAAAGUAAUGGCAAUUCAGAUCAUCACGGGAGCUACUGAGCAACAAUGCCCAGAUAGUAGGAAGCAACGAUAGUGAGGAUUGGGAGAUGAGGUCAAGUAGUGGACAUUUCAACACAUCCCAAGUUGAAGUUGGAACACUUAGCUUCACCAUCACUCGGUCAUCAUCAAAUGCUGAAUUAACAUAUCCAGGAUCCUUCAUCAAUGUAAUUUGAUGUAUUAGCUUUUUCAUCUUCCCUUUAUUUUCAUGUGUGUUUGUACAAAUGUAUAUUGUCGAAACUUAAAAAGAGUAAAAUAAGAAUAAAUUCGAGGAGAAAAGAAAAAAAAUAAAUACUAAUAUGAAUUUUGAGUCAACUAGUCAUGUCUACAA